AUGGGGCUGCUGAUUUUGACUUGGGUGCGGCCGCACUUGGCCCUGAAAGGCAUCGUGCUCACGGACAAGCUGGAACCGUGCAAGGACUGCAUGAGGGCGAAGGGCAGGCGAGUGUCGGUGCCGGUGGGGCCGGGAGCACGGGCGUCUAAGCCCCUCGGGCGUGUUCACCUGGACCUGUGUGGACCGCUGGUGCCUUCCCUGGGCGGCAACCUCUACCUGUUCGUCGCCGUGGACAGCGCUUCGCAGUGGAACAAGGUCUACGGUCUCCGGCGAAAGUCCGACGCGCUGGCGGGAACGAAAAGGCUGCUGGCGCAUGUGGGGCGGUACGACCUCGGGCGCAUCGAGUGUUUCCGUGUCGACAACGGCACCGAAUGGACCCGCGGCGACUUCCGGCGCUUCUGCGACGACAACGGCAUCGGUGUCGAGUUCACCCCGCCUGGCGUUCCGCGGCAGGGGCCUUUCCGCGUGCUGCCGUUCUUCCAGCUCGGCUUCAUGCGUGAGGAUCGCCGCACCAAGCUCGACGACCAGGCCACCCUCUGCUACCACCUGAACGGCGGCGACAACCACCCGAGCGGCACCGUCAAGGUCCUCAAGGCGUCCACCGGCCGCGUCGUCUACGACAACAACGUGUCGUGGGUGACGUCGGCGCCAGCCGGCGAGCGGGGUUCCGCUGGUAUCACCGCUGAGCCGAGACCACCCCCGUUCACGCCGCCCGUCGUCUCGAUCAACUUUGGCCCAGCACCGACGCCUUCGACCGCCACACCGCGGCCGCCAGCGCCCACGCCGUCGCCUGCUCCCGCUCCGCCCCCUGCCGCUGCCGCAACGCCGCCGCCAGCGACCACGCCGCCGCCCGCUCCCACGCCUUCACAGCCGACCUCUGCCGCUUCGCCGUCACCGUCGGCGACCCUCGCUCCUGGCCAGACGUCCUCCGCCGCUUCGCCGUCACCGUCGGCGGCCCCCGAUCCAGACCAGCCACCGUCGCCGCCGGACACCGCUAUGCCCCCGCUUACGGCUCACGCCAUGCGGCAGCUUCGCCCGGGUACAAAGGCCGAGGGUAUGACAGACCCGCGACUGCCAAGCCGUACGAGAUCGGGAACAAGGCACAGCACAGGACUCAUCUCAGUGCUAGACAAGAACACUCUGGUGUCGAUGCUGGAGGCUCGUAGCGCUGUGGAUGAGGAGCGCAGGGAGCCGGGGGGAGCGGGGGCCGGAGCGCAGGCGGGAGCACUCGCAGCGGUGGACCCGGGGGCUGAGGAGCGGACUUUCCACUCGCAUUUGCCACGCUCCUUGCCAACCGGGAAGACAUCGACGCCACGCUGCGAGACCAGCGCCCGCCGGGGCAACGCCCUGACCUUCCGCACUGCCAGGCCAGCGGCCUUCGUGUUCCAAAGAGCUACAAAGAGGCCAUGGCGUCGGAGCACCGGCACCUGUGGAGCGACUCUAUGCAAAGGGAGUUUUAUGGCUCGUUGGAAGCGGGGACUUUUACUCCGGCGAAGUAGCAACUAG